CUUCGUCGAUGCUUCAGAGAGCCGUAAGUAAUGUCUGUGGCUUCUCCACACAUCGCUUGCACGUUUUUCAUGUUGUCCAUCUCAUUUUUAUUAUUUUUUUUUAGCGUUUGUGCUGCCUCAUUUUCGCUUGACGUCGCCACUCGCACAUCUGUGGCAGCUGGACGCCCGUCUUCAGCACCUGGACAGCUCCUGUUGUGAGCCUCAUUUUUUUUAGGAAGCGUCGUACACAUGGAGCCCCUGGUGUGAUUUUGGAGAGGGGGUGGAGUGGAAGCCCUUGGAGCGAAGGAGGAGGGGGUGGUGGUGGCGGGGGGGGGGGGGAACACACAAGCCACCCUCCCACGAUGGGACCGUCUCCACGGACUCGGUGACGGCGUCGCCCACUGCCGAAGCAUGGUGCCCUUUUGCCGGAGGAGGUGUAUUUAUCGCACGUUGUCCCCAGAAAGGAGAUACUGGUGCUCGGCGGAUUUGUUAGCCCACUCACGCCAAGAUUCGAGCUGUCGUUGUGAUCUUCAUCCAUGUGUCCAUCGCCACUGCCAGGGCAAAUGAAUCACGACCACACUUUCCACUAUGUAGAGCAAUCAUACACAGGAGGUGUGGAAGGAGCUCGGUCACUGCUGUGGUGAAUGUCAAUUUUGGCUGGUUUAGUGUGAACGUCCUCCAUUCCAAAGCCUUUCAACAUGAGCAACCACCAGGCCCCGAUUCAAGCUGUAUCAUCAGAGCUGGAGGUGAUCUCUCAGCAGGUGGAAGAGGACAACCAGUGUGUGGCCCCGGUUCAGCUGGUUAGCUUCUCCUACAGAGACUUACCUCUGGCUGCCCUAGAUGUGUCCCUCGCUGGAUCUCAGCUCAUCUCAAACCCGGAUGAAGAUGACAACAGAGAGGGGUCCAACUGGCUGAAGCCAUGCUGCGGAGGACAAGCGGCACUGUGGCAAGUGUGUCUGACGUCGGCCGGCUUCAACUGCGUCCUGGUGGCCUGCGUGGUUCUGGUGGUUGUGCUACUGACUCUGGAGCUGCUGGUCGACACCAAGCUGCUGCAGUUUAAUAACGCAUCCCAGUUUGCCGGCGUCAUCCACUGGAUCAGUCUCGCUAUCCUAUCUGUCUUCUUCACAGAGACCGUAUUCAGGAUCGUGGUUCUGGGGAUAUGGGAUUACAUUGAGAACAAAGUAGAGGUGUUUGAUGGAGCUGUCAUCGUCCUCUCGCUGGCUCCCAUGGUGGCCUCCACUGUGGCAAACGGCCCCAGCAGCCCCUGGGACGCCAUUGGCCUCAUCAUCACGUUGCGCAUCUGGAGGGUCAAAAGGGUCAUUGACGCCUAUGUGCUGCAAGUGAAGGUGGAGAUGGAACUGGAGAUCCAGCAGUAUGAGAAGGCCAAGGCGCUGAGAGAGGAGCAACUUGACCGCCUCACUCAGAUCUGCCAGGAGCAAGCAUUUGAAAUCCGCCAGCUCAGGGCCCACCUGGCCCAGCAGGACCUGGAUCUGGUGGCGGAGCGGGAAGCAGCCAUGCAAAUCCACCAUAUGUGGGGUAAACCGAGCAGCAGCUUCCAUGAGGUGGACGGACUGGCCCCUGGGGUCUCCGAACAUCACAGGCCGGCCAAAGUUAGAAUGCCCAGGGGGCCCUCAGAUCACCAUGGCCAGGAUGAUAUGAACAACUACAUCAGCCAGUAUUACAGCGAGCCAAGCAGCGACAUGGGCAUCCCAGACCCUGCCGCACGCAUCAUCACCACAGCGGCCAUUGACGUCCACCUCCCCAACAAUCCCAGCCAUCUUCCUCCUUCUCUGGUAAGCGCUGACGUCGUGUCCGGUAGCCGCUUACAGCGUGCCAACAGCUCGGCGAGCGAGGCCUCUGCGACCACAGCAUCUCGCAUCAGCAGCCACACGCUGGGAUCAGCCACGGACUGCAGUUCCACCGUGCGUGAGGCGUCCACGUCCACGGACUACAGUGACCAACGCUGCUACCCACCACCCUACAGCAGCACCCAGCCCAGGGGAAGCCCCAGCGCUGUUGUGCAAGAACUACUGUCCUCUCUUUCUGAGGACUCCUGUCUUGCCCAGAAGGGCCUGGACCCGGUCAACCUCAAACCUCCAAGCCCGACUGGUUCCACCAAAAACAGCCCAGAGCUGGAGCACAGGGUCAACAUUUACAACAAGAGGAACCAGGAGAGCCGUGUUGGGUCACACACCAAACCUCUCAUCCAUCUGCAGGGCAAUGAAGCUUUCCUAGAGGAGAAGUACAGGAUGAUGGAGCCGGUAGAUGCUCCUAUCCAUCAUCUGUCCGAAACAUGAGAGCAGCAGCAGGAACCUCAACAGGCUUCAAUUCCACACCAGUGGAGGACCACUUAUCAGGAAAUGACUCUCACAAAGACACUUUUAUGAAACUUUUACCAGCAACAGGGCACAAACCUAAUGCUACAUGGAGUUAUCUUUGCAGCUGUUUUAUUAUUAAACAGCCUUAAAAAAUACUAAAUACUGUUUGAUGGAACAACUGCAGGGUACAGUGGAUCAGUGUUGAGAUACUAAGUCAUUUCUAAUCUUUUGUCUUUCUAUUUUAGCAAUGUUUGUAAUCUAAAUCUUUGAAUGGAGUUUUGGAAUCAGUACUGACAUUUGAAUAGAAGUUCAUCGGUGGAAAAUGUGGCUGCACGUGACCAGUCAGAAACAAGAUGAGUCCGACUUUUCAAGUGCUGCUGUGUAGAUACUGUACAUCAAAACAGGAGGUUUGAGGUGUGGCUACUACAAAUUGAUUAGAGCAUGCACCUUUCAAGAUAUUGCACACCAACUUUAUUGUACUGUCAACAGAUGUUUUUUUUUAUUUUACUCAAGGAACACCAGUACUGCAGAGUGGAGCCAAUAAAAGGGACAAGACAACAACACACAAGCGAGUCAUCACUUUUUAAUACCAUAAUCUGAAAAUUAACAUCUUUUACAGCAUAGCAGGACGACUUUCCAGACAUGAUGGACACCGUACCAGUAAGUAGAAUAUGUCAGUUACUCACGACCACACGCGUAAAACAAUAUCUUCAAAGUACAACUUUAUUUGCCGAUAUUUAAAAAGUGUAUACAAAAACUGGCAUUGACAUUCACAGCAGGGCUGCAGUGGCUCGUCUUUGUUAAGGCUUCACCUGGAUGAUGAUUUGGGUGACGCUCAUUCCCUCCUCACUUGCUCAGGGCUUCCGUCAUCUCAGGGACAGCCUAGAGAAACAAAUGUUGUACUAUUGGAUUUUUUUUUUAGGGCUGUAAAAAAUAGCAGGUUUACGGUCAUAACUGUAACAUUUCUGUACAUUUUCAGAUGUACAGGAAUGAUAGGAGUAGCAGAUACUGGCAACCUCUUGCAAUGUGGGGAAAAAAACAUA